AUGAGAGACCGCAGGUGGAGUUUCGCGGGCAGCCGUCGGCCCUUCCUCACCCCCGUAUGCUUGCUGGCCUUUCUCUGCGCUUCACCAGCGUUUUCUGCGCCGCCGACAAGUGACGUGCACCAGGAGGAAUCCGAGGGUCCUGAGUGCAAAGGCGAGGAGGGUUUGACCUUGACUUUUCAGGUGCAGGACACCGAGAAGAAAUUCAAAUGUCCGAAGGGCUGGGUGUUGGAGCCGACGGCGGUGACCGCGGCGUUUCAGGGGAAGGCUUCGGAAGUGGAGCUGGAGAGGCUCGUUGCUGGAGCGAAGCUGGAGGAGUCAGAGAAGGUGUACAAGUUGUCCCUUCCCUCUGGUCCAAGCCGGAGUCCGCGGACGUGGUAUUACUUGUGCAAGGGGUCGGAAGCCAGUGGCGACUCGGCGGAUGAUGGUCACUCGUCGCUUCCUGCAGAUGACGUAGAGACUGGGGACGGCUCGCCUUCUGGUGGCGGGUCUGGCUCCAGUCGGAGCCCCAAUGCCGGCGGCGGAGGGCACGCCGACCCCCACAGUAGUGCAGUUGGACCGCCUCCCCCCCCCCCUGCACCAGAACUAAAUGGGCAGAAGCCUGAAGAUCACAAAAGUGACCUUAAUGGUGACGAGGGCAAGGACGGAAAGGUGGGAAGCGAGCUGUCCGGUAGCCAGCAACAAGAAGGGCGACCUGGCGCCCUCCCCGGUCCCCAACCUCCACACAGUGUCGUCGGUGGAAGUUUGGAGUCAGGUGCAGAGCACACAGCUGAAAAGAAUCAGCACGCAGAUUUGCAAGGGGCUCCGGGCGUGGAUGGCGCCAUACGAAACCCUGAGGCCAGCCCUCCAUCCUCCAGCGCACCUCACAAUCCAUCGGGUCAGGGAGUGGCUGAAAAAAGUCCUGCUCAACCGGUAAAAGAGGAUAAAGGGCAUGAACGUGCCCUGGAGACGCUCGACAAGGACUCCGGUCUCGUCCCUGGCGGUGCAGCUCCUGCCGCACUCAGCAGAAAAGCCUUCCGCACUUCUGGCGAUUCCAAACCCGAUUCCGUUACACCAACCCUGAAAACGUGCAAAGUGACGGUCCAAGUCCUCCCAUCCACUGUCAUCGAGUGCAACGCUGGUGAAACGAAAGCAGCGACAGUCUCCGCGGUUGGCUCUCCAGUAGCCUUCAAAUGCGGAGCUGGCCUGAGUCUAGAAUCAACAGCCCUGGAUAAGGUGUAUGACGACAAGGACGGCAAGUGUGCGUCACAGGUGGCGCUCUCCAGUCUGGUUGACGGAUCGCUGUCCGUCGUCAGUCCGGAGAAGGAGACAGAGGCUGAGCCGAAGAAGUACUUCUUUGGAGUGGACGUGCUGCCGACUGAGCAGCAGGCGCUGUGCUACAAGUGCGUGGAGACUUCGUCUUCGGAGAAGGAGGCGAGCGGCGGCGCAGCGGAUGCUGGGAAGGAGUGUCAGGUCAAGAUCACGGUUGCGUCACCGGCUGUGUCGGCUGCGCCAGGGGCCGUGAGCUUCGCAUGCGUCGCUUUGUUUGGAGCGGUCGCAGGUGUUAUUUUUUGA